GCUGAUGGCAACACACGUAUUUGUUUCAUUUUCCGCGGUAUGAUUUAGUUUAUAAAUAUUGUGUCUAAGAACGUACGUCCUUAUAUUGUGAUAUAUUUUGAAUUUUAGAAGUUUUCAAUUAUAUAAGAUUUGCAUUUUUUGAAGUAUAUUAUGAGUCAAGCUAUACCAGGCUUACUACAUGUUCCUGUAGAAGAAUCUGGAAAUUCGUCUCUGGAAGGCUUUAGACUAAUAUCGUUUGAUCUGAGACCUUUUGUUGUUCCAGAAGCGCAUAGAUUUGGAAAGUGUCGUCCUGUGUCGGAUUUUGAUAAACUUACCCAUAUUGGUGAAGGAGCAUAUGGAACUGUAUAUAAAGCUCGAGAUAAGAAGUCAAAUGAGAUUGUGGCUUUAAAAAAGCUUAAGAUUGGGAAAGAAUAUGAAUGUAUGCCUAUAAAUUUUACUCGUGAAAUCACAAUAUUAAAGACUUUGCAACAUGACAAUAUUAUUGACUUGCGAGCUGUAGCAGUUGGGAGAAGUUUUGAAAGCACUUUCUUAGUUCUAGAAUAUUGUGCUUAUGGACUUGCAAGAGUGAUUGAUGAAGUUGGAAAACCUUUACUUCAACAACCACAAAUUAAAUGUAUUAUGCAGCAACUUUUUUCUGGUGUUGAUUACCUCCAUAAGCGUUUUGUUUUACAUAGGGAUUUGAAUGUAUCAAACAUUUUAUUUACUCACUCUGGCUGUCUAAAGAUUACUGAUUUUGGACUGUCACGCCACAUUUUGCCUGGAAGUAUGACUCCUAAUGUUGUAUCUAGAUGGUAUCGUGCUCCUGAAAUAUUAUUUGGAUCCAUAACAUACACUUUUGCUAUUGACAUGUGGUCUACUGGAUGUAUUUUUGCAGAACUUCUACUGAAGAAACCACUUUUCCGUGCAGAUUCUGACUGUGAUAUAAUCAGAUUGAUAAUUGAAAGCCUUGGGACUCCUACUGAAAGCAUAUGGCCAGGUCUGUCUAAGCUUCCUCUUUUACAAAAUUAUGACUUGUGGUGGCAGCCGAAUAAUAAACUUUCAAAAACUUUUGAAGACCAUCCUAGUUCCUGUGUUGAUUUAUUGAAUGACUUAUUAGUUUACAACCCUGAAAACAGACUUCCUGCAGAGAAAUGUUUAUCUCAUCAGUAUUUCCUUGAAGCUCCAAAAGCUUGUACACAUCAAGCCCUUGUACUGACACUCAUAGCUUCUGAAAUAUUGUAAAAAGAAAAUAUAUGUCAUCGUGGGAUUUACUGCAGGCAACAUGUAAUUUGUGUACAACUGUGAACUGCAUGCAGGUUGUGCAUGCAUGCAACUGUGAACUGCAUGCAUAACUCAAAAAGAUAAUAUGACAUCCACUGCUAUGUUUUGAAAACUACUAUAAGAAGCAAACACAUAUGUAGUUUAAAUAUUUCUGGUAAUAAUGUAAUAUAACAGACACCAUCAUUCAAAAGCACAUCUUUUUCUAAUACAUUAAUAAUUACAAAUUCAUAUUGGUAUAAUAAGAUCAUCCUUACAUUUGGAAGAAUAUUUGAAGGUAAUCAGUAAAUAAUGCAGUUCAGCAGCUAAACUGAGUGUAUAUUUCAUAGUGAAGAAUAUUGACAUGGGUAAAUGAUUUGGUGUCAACAAGAGCAUGAUCAAAGAAGAGAAAGGGCAGCGGCAACUGGUAAUUGAAUGCAGUCCAGAAUGUAAAAUUCUCCCCCCCCCCUCAGUGCAAAAAACAGCUCAGAAAAUCUCUUUAAUGAACAUUGGAAUACUGCAUUCCUACAACACUGAAAAUAAUGUGUGCAAAAAAUUCACUUUCUCAAAAAUUAAUUUAGUAUUGUCAGCAAACUAACUUGCACAUUUUGCAAAAUUCCAUGUUAACACAACAUAUGCAAUAAUGGCUGUAUUUUAGAGGGAAAUUAAUGUACAGAACUUUGGGGGGUAAUUGCCAGUAUCUGCUUAUAACUGUUAACUACUUAUUUUUCCUACAGUACAUUCUGAUAUCCACACUGAGACUCAUGUGAAAGUUGUUGAACAAAUUGAAGAGAUCUGUAUCAGACAUGGGCAUCCUUCAAUUUGUAUGGAAAUAGAGUCAGUGGAAGGUAGAAAUUGCCAUCUUCUGUUACUGUUCAAGAUUUAUGCCUCACAAAGUGAAGUGAUGCUCUGUACAGGAUAUGGAGCAAGUAAUAGUAUAAUCAAAUUGAGAUUUGGUACUACAGUAGUCCAGGAAGAUUGCAUACUUCCACUAAUAUCAAUGGCUAAUUUAGGUUCGUUAUCUUUGCUCUAGAGACACAGAACUACUUCAUCAUCAUCAUAUUUUUGUGUGUGUAUAUGUAAAAUUUGUAAAUAAAUUCUUAUGUUGAUGAUAAUGUUAA